ACUUGUGAAUCAUAGGAAGGAAGCAGAGAGAGCGUAGUUCAGUUUAUACAAGGAAGAAAUUCAAGUGGAGUGGAGGAGCAUAGUGCUAUGGCUUUACUUGCUGUGUCGUCUUGUGUAUUCGCUUUCUUGUUUUUCUUUGCUACUGUUGAAGAGGUCAGCUCGAAAAAGCCGAACAUAGUUUUGAUCCUCACCGACGAUCAAGAUGUUCUCCUGGGUGGAAUGACACCAUUGAAAAAAACCCGAAAGCUUAUUGGAGAUCUCGGAGUCACCUUUAAAAAUGUGUAUGUGGCCAGCCCGCUAUGCUGUCCCAGCAGAGCUAGCAUCCUGACUGGAAAGUAUCCACACAAUCACCGUGUGUUUAAUAAUACGCUGGAAGGAAACUGCAGUAGCAAAGCUUGGCAAAAGACACAGGAAUCCAACACGUUUUCGGCUAUCUUGCAACAACAUUGCAGAUAUGAGACUUUUUUUGCAGGAAAAUAUUUGAAUGAGUAUGGAUCAGAGGCUGCAGGCAGUUUUGAACAUGUCCCACCGGGCUGGAAUUACUGGUAUGCACUGGUGAAGAAUUCAAAAUACUACAAUUACACCCUCUCUGUUAAUGGAAAACCACAAUAUCAUGGUCAGAACUAUAGCCAUGAUUAUCUAACUGACCUAUUAUCAAAUAUUUCACUGGAGUUUUUGGACUCCAGAACAAAAUAUUUUCCGUUCUUUAUGAUGAUCUCUACUCCAGCACCACACUCCCCUUGGAUUCCUGCCCCACAAUAUGAAAGGAACUUUUUGGAUGUUAAAGCACCAAGAAACAUGAACUUUAACAUACAUGGAAAGGAUAAACAUUGGCUGAUCAGGCAAGCGAAGACUCCCAUGUCAAACUCUUCAAUUAAUUUUCUGGAUAAUGCUUUCAGGAAAAGAUGGCAAACGCUGCUAUCAGUGGAUGACCUUGUUGAAAAUGUUGUCAAGAAACUUGAUGCAAUCAAGGAACUAGAAAACACCUAUAUUUUCUUUACAUCUGAUAAUGGCUAUCAUACAGGCCAAUUUUCUUUGCCAAUUGACAAACGGCAGCUAUAUGAGUUUGACAUUAAAGUGCCAUUGCUUGUACGAGGACCUGGAAUCAAACCUACCAGCAGUAAUCAGAUGCUGGUAGCAAAUAUUGAUUUGGCUCCAACAUUCUUGGAUAUAGCUGGCUAUGAUAUCAACAAAACCAGGAUGGAUGGCAUGUCUCUCUUGCCUCUGCUGAAUGGUAAGGCAAAAAACGUGACAUGGAGGACUGACCUCCUUGUAGAGUAUCAAGGAGAGGGACGUAACAAAAGUGAUCCGACCUGUCCUUCGUUAGGGCCUGGGGUCACGAACUGUUUCCCUGACUGUGUUUGUGAAGAUGCAUAUAACAACACAUAUGCAUGUGUAAGAACAAUUGCCAAUUCAGCUAACUUGCAGUAUUGUGAAUUUGAUGAUAGUGAGGUAUUUGUAGAAGUCUAUAAUCUAACUUCUGACCCACACCAAAUCACAAAUAUAGCCAAGUCAAUAGACCAAGAAGUUCUUGAGAAGAUGAACCAUCGUCUCAUGAUGUUACAAUCAUGUUCUGGUUCAACGUGUCAGACACCAGGAGUAUAUGAUCCAAGGUACCGAUUUGAUCCUCAACUAAUGUUCCACCAUGGACCUGCUGCACCCAAGUUAUUCCAUAAAACCUUGUGAGGCCUUUUUGCUGGCUGUUACCUGUAACUGAACCUUUUACUUUGUGCGGACUGAUGUAAAUCACUCGAAGUUGUAUAUUUGUUUUUGCUCUGACACCCCUGAACAUGCUUUUAAAUCAUGAAAGCAUGUGGCAUUUUGAAAAGUGAUUUGAUAAAUUUUAACACUUUUAUGUAUUGUAGUUCUAAAUUAUUUAUUUUGUGAGGACCAUUGUCUUAAGUUGCAGUGAUCCUAAGCACAUAAUUGCUUAUGGGGUACAACAUGCUUUCAGUUUUUGUUGCACAAAUUAUCUGCCAGCUAGCAAUCCCAACUAUAUUUGGUAUGAAAUUACUUCUAGCCACAUCCUUUGUUCUUCACGACAGUAGCAGGAACUAAUCAUAUAUUAUGUUAAAAUUAAUAUACAAAAUAAAAUUUCCACUAAGCUUAUGCACAGCAAGAACAAAAUAGGUUUUGCAACAGAUUAUCUCAGUAAUAUUUUUCCAGUGGCUAUCCAGCUCAACAUACUGGGAAUUUCACUCUGUUUUCAGGGUUUGCUGGCAGGUGAUGGGGCUGCAACUAUUGGCUUAAAUUAACAUGAUUACUUCUGCUUUGGUCCUUUUUUUUGAGAUAAGGAAUUAAUUGGGGAAGUUUUUUUUGUCUCAUCUCCUGGGUUGGUCUAAUGUAAACAGUGCUAAGAUCGAAGGAUACUUGCCUCUUCUGAAUGUCAUGUACUCUGAGCUCGGGGUUUUAAAUGAUGCUUUGUCAUGUAGGACCCAAGAUGAGUUUCUUACAAGUUUCUCAAUUAUUCUUCUCCACCUCCACCUCCACCCACCAAAAAAAAACCCACCUGAUUUUGUUUCCAGUCCAAAUCACCUAGCCUGGCCACUAUAUUCACUAUUUCUAAGACUGUUGGCAACAAUCUUUCCCCACCCAGCUAACACCCCCACAGUAUUUUCUUCUUUUUUUUAAGAUUACUGUGAUUCAAAGCCAUGAUCUUUGUGUGUAAGGCAUUGUUGCUAUGAAACAUUUCCCAGAUUGGCAUUAAGUAAAAUGACUAUGUGCAUCCUUGAAUGUACAAUUAGUUGCCAUUAACGUCUCUACCAAAGGUGAUUAAAGUUCUUUUAGCAAGUAGUAGUGUCCAUUUGACUGGAUAAUCACUAUUGUUCUGAAUCUUAAAAUUCUCACUAAAGAUUUCCUGUUUUUAUUUAAAUAUUAAAUUACCUUUUCCAGUAAUUCUGGGAUUCGAUAUUGCACUGAAGAUACUAGCUGUCUGUUUCUUUGGGAUGUUAUGGAAGAGAUGUAUGAAAUGCUAAUGGUUUCUAAAAAUAUAGCCAAUAGAUCUAAUCCAACAUGGGAUAUUGGCCAUAACUAAAUUUCAGUUGUUUUAUCUAUCAGAUGUUGGCUUUCUCUUUUUAUAUUCAAUUAUACACUAAUCAUACCACAUUAUAACAUUCCUGAAAUGUUAACUCAUACACGAAAAUAUCUUUUAUUCAAGGAUGAUCAAAUGUCAGAAGGACAAACAAAACAAUCACUCUUUCACUGGCAUAGAUGUAUUUAGAGUGUAUAGUUGACACUGUCUAUAAAGUAGCAUUGAUCUACAGCCUUAUGGAUGUAUAUUAGUGAAAAGGUUAUCGAGUAACACCAGGUAAAAGGCAAACUUUUUAGUGUUUCUGUACCUUUGAAACCUACAACAUUCAAGCACUUGUGAGCAAGCAUUUUGUUUAGCCUUGAAUAUAAGAAUUGAAACUAUUUGUACAUCAAUAUUGCAGUGUGAAUUGUAAAUGCUUGUAUUUUCAGUGUUAAACUGAAUUAACACAUUUUAAAAUAGUUUUAUGUAGCUUGGAUAACAAUUUACAUAAGCUUGAUGUUACUCAAGAUUCAGACUCUUGACACUUUAUAAUACUGGAUUUGACUGGAGAUUUCUUGUUUUUUUUUCCCCAAAGACUUAAGUGUCCUUGACUGAGAUAUAAAAAUGACGGCUGAAUUCAAUCUUGCAUUUAUGUAAUAAAUUACUUUUUCAAUCUGAA